ACUUGAAUUCUAAUGAGGCCCACCUGGGUAUAUAUGAGAGCUUAACCUCGACCGUAGCCAUGAUUUUUCUGUGGUACCUGCUCGUUGCACGUUUCUGAAAUUGCAUUAGCAAUGAAUCUUCUGUUACUUCCUCUGCUAUUCGUAAUCGCCGCAGCGGAACAACAAGGCAGGAUAGUGUGUUAUUUCAGCAACUGGGCCAUUUAUCGACCGGAUGUAGGUAGAUACGGGAUAAAUGAUGUGCCAGGUGAUCUGUGCACCCACAUCAUCUACUCGUUCAUCGGCGUGAGCAAUGUUACUUGGGAAGUAUUGAUUCUCGAUCCUGAACUGGACGUUGAUAAAGGAAACUUCCUGGCUUUCAACAACCUGAGGACUAAAUAUCCUCACUUGAAGACUUCCAUCGCCGUCGGUGGUUGGGGAGAAGGCGGCAGGAAGUACAGUGCUCUGGUCAGCAUGAAGGAAAGAAGAGACACUUUUAUCAAGAGCGUUGUUGAAUUCAUGUACAAAUAUGAUUUCGACGGUUUCGAUCUGGAUUGGGAGUAUCCAGCUGCUACAGACAGAGGCGGUAGGUUCUCCGACAAAGACAAAUUCUUUUAUUUCGUCGAAGAACUGAGACGCGCUUUCGACAAAGAGAAGAAAGGAUGGGAGAUCACGAUGGCGGUGCCAAUGGCAAAAUUCCGUCUCGACGAGGGAUACCACGUGCCGGAAUUGUGCAUAAACUUGGAUGCCAUCCACGUAAUGGCUUACGAUCUUCGUGGCAAUUGGGCUGGCUUCGCGGAUACGCACAGCCCUCUGUAUCGUCGACCACACGACCAAUGGGCGUAUGAAAAAUUGAACGUGCACGAUGGUCUUUUACUUUGGGAAGAAAAAGGUUGCCCCGCUAAGAAACUCGUCGUUGGUAUUCCGUUGUACGGGCGUACGUUUACCCUCAGCCAAGGUAACCAUAAUUACGAGCCUGGAACUUACAUCAAUAAAGAAGCUGGCGGCGGUGAACCUGGAGAGUACACCCAGGCUAAAGGAUUCCUUUCUUACUACGAGAUCUGUACGAGAUUGCAAGCCCCUGGUAGCAACUGGACCCAGAAAUUCGAUAACAUUGGCAAAGUUCCAUACAUGUACAAAGAAACACAAUGGGUCGGUUAUGAAAAUACAGAAAGUAUUAAAUAUAAGAUCGACUUCAUCAAGGGAUCGCGAUACGCUGGUGCUAUGGUUUGGGCGAUCGAUAUGGACGACUUCCAAGGACUUUGCGGUGAACGUAAUCCUUUAAUGAAUACCAUUCAUCAAGGAUUGAAGGGAUACGUUGUACAGGAGAAAAAUUUUCCUACCACCCCUACGCCUGAUUGGGCAAAGCCACCAAGCACUACUUCAGCAAACGACGUUCAAACUACCCAGUCAUCUUCAACAUAUAAACCUACAGAGAAACCUACUCAGAAACCGGAAGUAAGUUCCACCACUGAGGAUUCAAACAAGUCAGAAUCUACACAACAACCAGUAGACGACAAUGAAGCAGAGAAGACUGUAUGUCAAAGCACGAAUAAAUUUGUUCCUUCUAAAGACUGCCAUUCUUAUUUCGAAUGUGUUCAUGGGUUGCCAAUGAAGUUCACCUGUCCCAAUAAAUUGAUUUGGAACACGAUUAACAAUGUUUGCGAUUGGCCACAAAAUGCAGAUCGAGAAGAGUGUAAAUCUUAAUGAUUGUCAUGAAUUGUUAACUUUAGUCUAAAAUUUCAAUCAGUGACGGAAGAUACAAAAAGACUGGAUAUGCCUUUGUCCUCGAGGAACCAUGAUUUUGGGACUCUCAGACAUCCCCUUCUGAGGUAACAUCUACACGUACAGAACACAGUCAAUAUGACAGUCGUGUCUCUUUUACCAGUUCC